CAAAUCAUUUUCAAACUCAUCGAACCCCUUGGUACAUCAGAGGAUCCAAGCAGGGGAGAAACUUUUAAGUGUGAGGUUUGCGUUAAAGCUUUUGUGACAUCGAUAAGCCUCCUGAGACAGCAAAGUAUUCACACAGGGGAGAAGCCGUUCAGGUGUGAGGUUUGUGAGAAGGCUUUCACCCACUCCUCUGAUCUCCUGGGGCACCAGAGGAUCCAAACAGGUGAGAACCCCUUCAAGUGUGAGGUGUGUGAGCGAGCCUUCAGAUGGUCAUCAAAUCUUGUGCAACACCGACACAUUCACACUGGGGAGAGACCAUUCAAGUGUGAAGUGUGUAACAAGAACUUUGCACAAUCAUCAGCCCUGGUGGAUCACCGGCGCAUUCACACCAGUGAGAAACCAUUCAUAUGUGAGGUAUGCACCAAAUCAUUCUCACACUUAUCAACCCUCCGUGUACACCAACGCAUUCACACAGGGAAGAAACCAUUCAGUUGUGAGGUGUGUAACAAAGCCUUCAAAAACUCAUCGACGCUCCUGAUGCAACAGAGGAUCUACACAUGGGAGAAACACUUCAAUUGUGAGCUGUGUAACCGAGCCUUCACAAGUUCAUCGACGCUUGUGAAGCACCAACGUAUCCACACAGGGGAGCAUCUGUUCAUUUGUGAUGUGUGUAAUGAAGGCUUUGCGCGAUCAUCAGGCGUGGUGAAUCACCGGCGUGUUCACAUAGGGAAGAAACCAUACAUGUGCAAGAUGUGCGACAAAUCAUUCUCACAGUCAUUGACCCUCCAUGAACACCAAUGUAUUCACACAGGGGAGAAGCCGAACAGGUUUAAGGUGUGCGAUAAAUCAUUCUCACACUCAUCUCAUGUUAGUGUACACCGACAUAUUCAUAGGGGAUGAACCAUUCAUGUGUGAGGUGGGUGACAGAUCCUUCUUGCGCUCAUCGACGCUCCGCAUACACCAAUGCAUUUACAGAGGGAAGAAACCACUCAAAUGUAAAGUGUGUGACAAAGUCCAUACAAACUCAUCAAACCUCCUGCUGUAUGAGAGGAUCCGCACAGGGGAGUAAUCCUUCAAGUGUCAGAUUGGAAUAAAGUUUUUCAAAACUCCUGAAACACCAGCAGAUUCACACAGGUGAAAAACCAUUCAAGUGUGAGGUAUGUGACAAAGCUUUCACACAGUCAGUGUAUCUCCUGGUCCAUCAAUACACUCAUACAGGGUAUCAGCUGCCACUGUGGAUUCAUGGCUGAGGAGUUGUUCAAAGUAUUUUUUCCAGCGUUAACAGAUGGCAUUGUCAUCCUUAAGAAGAGAAACACCAUCCUGUGAACAAAGGGGAUUUUGUCCAUUUGAUCUCAGUCUAUAGAUGACUCUGGUGAUUUCAAAAAAAGAUUUACAUGUCAUGAUGAUCAGCAUAUUGUUGGAUCUCUCUCCCCCACAUGUAUUUUAUCUUCCAGAUUUUCCUUUGAUCCUACUGCUCGGGAAUUGGACCUGGAAUUUCUCUCUUUGGUCGGGUUGUUUUAGGGCUGAGACAUUGAUCUUCUCCCUCUUUGACUUUUGAGCCUUGUAAUGUCUUGGUGUUGGGUGGAUGUUCAUCACCGAUCGAAUAAGUCGAUAAUCUGUCCAGCAGGUAUCAGUCCCCCACAUGGAUCGAGGGAUACAGACAUCACUUAGAACUUUGACUUGGCUUUAGACCUUCCAGAGGAAUCUCCGACAUGGCCUUUGUUCCCAGAGAAAUCCAAGAAAAAUGUCGAGAACAACAUCAGGAACUCUUCAUUACAUUUAUCAACAUGAUCAAAGCAUUUGACUCAGUAAAUUGUGAGGCUCUGUGGAUUGUGCUCCAAUGAUUUGGGUGUCCAAGAAACUUCAUCACAAUCCUGCAAUUGCUUCAUGAUGAUGUGACUGCAGCUGUCUUGAGUGGUAAAUCUGAAACAGAAGCCUUCAAAAUCCAGACUGGUGUCAAGCAAGGCUGUGUGAUAGCCCCCAUUCUAUUUACAAUCUACCUGACAGUGACUAUUCACCUCAUCAAAGAUCAAUUGCCCUCUGGUGUCAGUAUUAAAUACCAUCUAGAUGGGAAACUCAUUUACCUCGGUCACCUCCGUGCCAAAACUAAACUGACCACCAUAGGUACACAUGAUGCACAGUUUGCAGAUGACUGCAGUGUCAUUGUCCACUCUGCAACAGAUUUGCAAACCACUCUCGAUCUCUUCAAUUCUGCAUGUGUUUGUAUGGUGGAAACUAGCUCCAUCCUGUGCCACUGAAGUCCAGCAUAAUUUCUGACCAUCGGAAUUUGGAGCCAGACGAAAGCUCAGGGAUUUUAAAGAAACUUCUGUCUGUAGUAUUCUGAGACAGUUUCCCCAGAUGGGAAUGUGUGUGUGUUAGUAAAGUGAGCCAGCUCUCAGGAUUGGGUAUGUGGUAGAAUCGGACCCUGCUUACUUUGGUGAUGUGAAUUAUAGACAGAUCCUCUUCAGGUGAUGGGUGUUUGACCAAUAUCAUGGGGAAUGUUUGUACUCUUCUGUCUGGGAGGACUACUAUCCUGAGUAUGGUGAGGGAGUGGGAGUGAGUCUCUACAGACCCGUGUUCCCUCAGUCCAUCAUACCUCGAUGUAAUAAUGGUGUGAUAUGUUCACCUUACACUCUUCCAAGAUUAAUUUCAUGUUCUGGGAAAGAUCUUGAGUCAUUUUCAAAUGUUUUGUUAAUUUGGUUGAUUCAAGUUUUGGUGAAAGCUGAAGACGGUGUUGUUGUUUAUCUGCUGUUUUAUCAACCUUUCUAUAUAGAUUUAUAACUCACAAUAAAUUCACUUUUCAGCAUAAA